GCUCGCUGAGGGGCUGCGGAAGCGCGCUCCGCUGUGUGGCGGCGGUGCCGGGUGGGCUGUGUCGCGAUGCGGGGUGGCUGCCGCCUCCUUCCUCUGCUGCUCCUGUGCGGGCUGUGUGGCGGGAGGGAGCUGGCGCCGGGCGCCGUAACCUGCGGUUCGGUGCUGAAGCUGCUUAACACCCGCCACAGCGUUCGGUUGCAUUCUCACGAGGUCAAAUACGGCUCCGGAAGUGGGCAACAGUCGGUGACAGGAGUUGAAGCUUCAGAUGAUGCCAACAGUUACUGGCGGGUUCGUGGGAAGGCUGAUGGCAGCUGCCAACGCGGAACGCCGGUGAAAUGUGGGCAGGCAAUACGACUUACCCAUGUAAACACAGGAAAAAACUUACACACCCAUCACUUCCCAUCACCACUCUCCAAUAACCAGGAAGUAAGUGCCUUUGGUGAUGAUGGUGAAGGAGAUGACCUCGAUAUAUGGAUUGUGCAAUGCAGUGGGACACACUGGGAGCGGGAGGAUGCAGUGCGCUUCAAGCACGUAGGAACUGAGGUGUUCCUUUCCAUAACGGGGGAGCAAUAUGGCCAUCCCAUUAGAGGUCAACGGGAAGUUCAUGGCAUGCCCACUGCUAAUCAUCACAACUAUUGGAAAGCAAUGGAAGGAGUCUUCAUCAAACCCAGUAUGGACCUUGCAAAGCAUGAUGAGCUCUGAAUUGCCAGAGGAUCCCAUAAGAUUCAUCUUGCUCCAGUGUUCAGAGAUGCUAAUACUUGGUCUCUUAAAAAGUCCCACCUUACCUAAGUGAUUGACUUUCUGUGUUAUUGAAGGGCAUUAGUUCACUCUAGGAAUGCUGCACUUCUGUGAGAAUGACAUCUGCCAGGCUAAGACAUUUUACAUUUAUUUAAGAAAUCCUUUCUAAAUCUUCAAGCUUAUUUGGUGAAGCUAGAUUAUACAUGUUAGUUCUCAUUGUCGUUUGUUUUGUUCAUUACUUCUCCAAAUUAGAAGAAAUGGAAAAACAAAGUAGUACAUCUCUGUAGUCCCAGGUACCACAAAACUUUGUAUUUUGUAAUCUUUUUUUCAAUUAUAAUUAAAUAUUUGGAAACUUAUUUCUAGCUAGUGAGAGAAUGCUAUUAAUGAAGAGAUGGAGUAAGUCUAGAAAGGGAAAAUAUUUCGUGGAAAAUGGUGUCUUUUGAAUGAGUCAAAUUCAGCUAUUUCAGCCUUACAGGAAAAUAUUUCAGUCCAUCUGAAAAUUGCUUCCAAUGUAUUUCGUGAGUUUCAUUCUGUGUUUAUGGAAAAGUUGAAAAUACUGUGUAUAUUGAAGUAAGAAGACAAGUUUUUAUUUAUUACCUUUCUCCGAAGAAAUUUGUGGUCUUUUUUCUGCUGAUUGUGAUACUGCUACUUCUCAAACGGUAAGACUUUUGCUCUAGGAGCUGGUGCAGAAGGCUACUACUUGUUUAAUUAAUGUUUGAAUUUUAUAAACUUUCAUGGGAUGUGAAUAAAUUUGUCUUAUGUUGUUCUUGCAUAUCAUUGCAAGCUCAAUAUGAGGGUCCAGGUGAAUAAGUAGUGGGACUUACAUCCAUGUGGGGUUCUUUUAUGCGAAUCCAGAAGAAAUGGAAAAAAGAGUGAAUCUUAGAAAAUUGUUUGGUCCUGGAUUUUUAACAGGGGGGUAAUUUCUAGAGUGAUAGCGAGGAGUCCUCAUUGCAUAAGACAGUAACGUCUGUGUUCUUCUGGGGAAAGAGGGGAAAAAAACAAACUCUGGAACACUUAUGUUACAGUGUACUACUGGAAAUACUGACUGAAGCACCAAGUACCAGACAUUUUCUAUUUGCUUUAAAGAGAAAAGCUCAGUAAAUGAAGUCAGCAAAUUCAGGUGUUGUUUUUUUCAUCUGUAACUAGUUUACUGAUUAUACUCCUAAUUAGUCAGUUAACGAAGGAGGAAAGUUAUGUGCUGCUUUUACAUUUCUAGUUACAUGCUGUUAGAGAGUGUUAAUGAAGUGUAAUAUGUAAUUUCAUUUAAAUUUGAUAAAUGUACCUAUACACUUACA